AUGCUAACACUUUUCGCCGAAAUAAGGCUAGAUAUUCCCCUCCCGCAAGCCCUCGCGACCGUCCUUCCAGUGCUCCCGAGCUUAAUCCUUACCUCCCACCAAUCAGCGAUAGUCUUUUCAGACACCUUCAACACAGACAUAAAGGAGUGGAGGCACAAAUUAAAGGGGGGGGGUGUACGGGAUUUGCAGGCACCACCAUAUAUUCCCGUACGGGUGGGCUUAGAUGUGAAUGAUAAGGCCUUAGAUACUGUAUCCUUUGGUCCUACAUCGACCCUUCAUAAUCAGGAUAAAGCCAUUUCACCAGUCGUUCCACCCCAUCCAGAUGUUUUUAUUCGACGGUCGGAACGCCUUAUAGCGAAGCAUACCCUUGAAACUCAUAAGCUUCAGGUAGAAGAAUCUUCUAUCCUUAUGGCGCAUGCCGUCCUUCCUGCGGUCGAUAAGUCAUUGCCCUCUCGCCCCGGCGACCCUUACACCCCGGACACCUGGACUGAGGCCAUGGCUUACCCCGAUAAGGCUAAAUAG